AUGCUGCAAGGUUCUCAUACAUUGCAAAAAGCUUCUUUUGUCCAGCACACCGCCAAAGCUCACAAACUGGAAAGUCAAGUGUCUGAAGGGAGCACGGAAUCUUUAGCAACAACCAAUCGAUUCGUCACGCUGUGCUGCCAAACACUGUCGAGUGAACUUCAACAAGGAGCCCUGCCUAUGCUACUACGAUACCUCUGCAUGUCGUGUACAGUGCUACAGGAAACAAGCAUCACACACCUGGUCGUCAUCAAUAUCGGAGACUUUGCCAUCUACUGGGGCAAUGCUGAUGAAAAGCUGGUAGGUGGCUUGGCAGUAGCUGGUACGAACGACUCCAAAAACCUGGUGGAGGAAUUUGGCUCAACCUUGCUUAGAUCCGCCUUUGUGUGA